AUGACAGACUUCGAUACCCUAUUCAACAUCGCAGCCUUCUUAGCAGGCUUGUCGCUGCUUGAGCGCGGCGCGAAGCUCUUUGUGAACAGUGCCACCACGUUGGCGAAGCGUCUCCGACUGCCUGAAGUCCUCGUGGCUAUCCUGAUCGCCGGUGCGGAAUGGGAAGAACUGGCUGUUGUCUCUCUCAGUAUUGCCCAGGAACGUCCCGCGCUGGCUGUGGGAAAUGUCAUCGGCAGCUCUGUGGCCAACAUUCUGGGCGCCUUCGCCCUGGGCCUUCUCUGCUCCACGGGGGAGUGGGAUAGCUUUGACAGGACGUCGAAGAUGGCCACCCGAGGGCUUCUGGCACUGACAAGUGUUGUGGCUCUAUUUGCCUUGGCUGAUAUCGUAUGGAACCGAAUUGUGGCGAGCCUGUUGCUUGUUGCCUUCGUGGGGUAUCUCUUCCUUGUGCUGUGGACAAUCUGGCAGGCAAUGUUCUACACCGAGGAGCACGAGAGAGACGAUGUCGAGUCCGGGGCCGCUGCUCAUGAUGAUGCCUCCUCAUCAAGCUCUUCUUCUUCUUCUUCCAACAACAGCCACCGUCACCACUUUCUAGACCGCCACCGCCAUUUCGUGGACCGUCACUUUCUGCGCCGUCAUGCAGACGAGCCCAACGAGACCACGACCCUCCUUGGUGUGCCCGCGCCAGGCUAUAGCCCCAAGCAAUUUCAUCACACCCUUGCCCCAGCACUGCAGGUUCUGGGCGGAUUUGCAGCCCUCACUUUGAGCGGCUUUAUCCUGUCGCGCUCGUCGACACGACUCGCUUCAGCGAUCAACAUGUCCGACAGCGCUUUCGGCGCCACGUUCCUCUCCCUCGCCACGACCCUGCCAGAGAAGUUCUUGGCGGUGAUGAGCAGCUCUAAGGGCCACACUGGCCUCCUCGUUGCAGACGCAGUUGGAAGCAACGUUUUCUUGUUGACACUGUGCCUUGGUAUUGCGGCAUGGAGCAUCGCAAGCCACGACUGGCAUGAUCACCCGGAGGAGGGUCCCAGCUUUGUGGACAUCUCUCGUAUCGAGGCAUGGUGGCUUUGGACAGCAUCUAUUGUACUAGCGUUCAUUGUCAACGUUGGCGGCAGGCUCUUCUGCAAGUUCGCCAUUGUGAGGCAGUCGGUCGGACUUUUGAUGUUGAUGGGCUAUGGUGGUUUCCUGGCGCUGGAGUUUACGAUCCUGCGCGACGAUUAA